UCUAGCUUUCAAAACGAAGCUCUGCAGAAACCACUGGGUCAAAGAACCCAGCAAGCUGUUGUUACUAAUUCUGUGAUUUAGAAGCAGCGUCUCAUCUGAUCCUCAGGACUGUGAGGCCAGAGGAGUGGCGAUUUUCACAUCCAUUUUACAGGGGAGCAAACUGAGGCUGCGAGCAAUGAAGAGGUUUAUUUGCUCAACAUCACAGAAAAGAGUUGACAAGCCUGGCACCCCAGAGCUCCAGGGACGGGGCUGUGACUUUCUGAAUGCUACCACGUUUAGUGGACGGACAAGUCCCAGCCCUGCAGGAAUCUACUCUAGUCAAAGCUCCGCCUAGACUCCAGGGAUCGCGGCCGGGAUCGCGGGUGCUGGCUACGUGCGAGACUCUCAGCCGUCAGCCCCGCCCAGAGCCCGCCCCCGACGUUCAGGAUUCGUCAGACUCCUGCCAGUCCAGGGUGGCCCUCGUUGCCAUGGUGAUCGCUGCCGCGAGCCCAGCCGGACCAGGCCGCGCGGAGCCCACAAUAUUGGCAGUCACGGGACUCUGGAAGGAUGAAGUCCUCCCUGCCGCCUUUGGGGCCCCCUGUGAGUCGGGACCGUGUCAUUGCCAGCUUCCCUAAGUGGUACACGCCAGACGCCUGCCUGCAGCGCAAGGAGCAGUUCCACGGACAGGUCAAUGAAGCCUGCCAGCACAGACACACAGGAACUGUCGGGCUCAAACUCUCCAAGGUGGUGGUUGUUGGUGAUCUCUACGUGGGGAAGACCAGCCUCAUCCACAGGUUUUGCAAGAAUGUGUUCGACCGAGACUACAAGGCCACCAUCGGGGUCGACUUCGAGAUCGAGCGCUUUGAGAUCGCGGGGGUCCCCUACAGCCUGCAGAUCUGGGACACGGCGGGGCAAGAGAAGUUCAAAUGCAUCGCAUCGGCCUACUACCGGGGCGCCCAGGUGAUCAUCACGGCCUUUGACCUCACCGACGUGCAGACUCUGGAACACACCAGGCAGUGGCUGGAGGACGCACUGAGGGAGAACGAGGCCGGCUCCUGCUUCAUCUUCCUCGUGGGAACCAAGAAGGACCUUCUGUCAGCGGCGGCAUGUGAGCAGGCCGAAGCCGAGGCCGUGCACCUGGCCAACGAGAUGCAGGCCGAGUACUGGUCGGUGUCGGCCAAGACGGGGGAGAACGUGAAGGCCUUCUUUAGCCGCGUAGCUGCCCUGGCGUUCGAGCAGUCGGUGCUGCAGGACCUGGAAAAGCACAGCAGUUCUCGGCUGCAGGUCGGCGAUGGAGACCUCAUCCGAGUGGAGGGAGGUCCCCCUGAGACGCAGGAGAGCAAGAGUCCCUCCAGCCUGGGUUGCUGUUAGCUGGGGCCUGCACCAGAGACCGUGCUGCCUUCCAUGUGCACGGGCAGCGGCUUCUGUGACUGUGGGGUGCUGAUGUGGUGCCCAAGCUCUGCAGCACGUGGAGGGCCUGUGUGCUGGUCCUUCCAACCCUACCCAAAGUGCUGAGCUCCAGAAC